GGGAGCCCUGUAUCUUUCGAACAUCAAACAAGCAAGAUGGCGACUGCAUUUCGUUGUCGAUUUGAUAGCCUUCGUUCUGUUUGUAAAUUCCCCCUGCAAACACAAAUACUCAGGGCAUUUUCCGUGUCAACGUCGAAAGGAGAUUCCAAGGACUCGUUCUUUGGUCGUUUAACAGGUGCUCCAUCAAUAGAACGAGCAACCGAUGCACAUUCCAAAGUACUAACAGGAAAGGAGACUCUUUAUGAACUAGACGUUCAACAUGUUAAGCCUGAAUGCAUUGAAGACUAUAUCUCAUUAGUAGGUGAAAGUUUACCCCGCAUCAGCAAAGAUUCUCAGUUUCCAGGACAGCUUGUAGGAAGCUGGACAACAAUGUUUGGAAGACUUGAUCAAGCCAUACAUCUUUGGAUGUUUACUGGUGGUUAUUCUGCAGUUGUUGAAGCCAAGCAGUACAUCAGGGAAAAUCCAGAAUAUCUUAAAUUUGCAAGGGAGCGACGUCACAUGAUGUACAAUCGAGAAAAUCARUUGUUACACGAAUUUAGCUUCUGGGGAGAACCAAGUCCUAGAACUGACCCACACAUUUACGAAUUAAGGACAUAUCAUCUCAAGCCUGGCACAUUAAUUGAGUGGGGAAAUAAUUGGGGAAGGGCAAUCAAGCUACGUCAAAAAGAUAAUGAGGCAGUUGGUGGGUUUUUCUCACAGAUUGGUGAAUUAUAUAUGGUGCAUCAUAUAUGGGCRUACAAAGAUCUUGUUAAAAGGAAAGAAAUCCGUGAGAACUUGUGGAACUAUGCUGGGUGGGAUGAUUGUGUAGCAAACACAGUGCCUCUCAUACGCCGUAUGGAGUCCCGUGUGAUGGUACCAUUACCUUUUUCGCCUACAAAAUAAUAUUUGUGAAUAGUUSUAAAGGAAAAGAAACUCGUGAAGAUGAAGUAACGUAUUUAGAAAUCUUGAAUAUUUUAAAUUUUUCUGGUUGUAGUGCACUUUUUUGAUCUCGUKAAAAGAAAUGGUAAACAAAUGUAAUAAUGAAUAAAGUACUGUCUUAGUAGUACUGUACAUUAUCACUGUGUGCUGUUGAUCACA